AUGGCCGGGCUCUCCGCCGAGGAAAAUGCCGAGGUAGUGCGAUUCAAGAGAACUGCGCAGCGGACGGACAAUCGGCGCACCGAAGACCUCUGGCUGGAACUGCGGAGAGCAUUCGACGAGGCUCAGGAGAAGCAAACGACCGGACAGCGCUUCGGCGAACUAUACUAUGCCGCAUACGCCAUGGUGGUGCGGAACAAAGGGGCACGCCUCUACAAAGGAGUGCGUGAAGUCGUAACGGAGCACCUUACCAACAAAGUUCGACCGCUCAUCUUGGCAAAAAUUCACGACGACUUCUUGCAGGUACUAAUUCAGGCCUGGAGGGACCACCAGAGGAGCAUGAAGAUCAUCGGCGACAUCGUGGCGUACAUGGACAACGUAUUCGUGCCUCGGAACAACGCUGACAGCGUGUCCAAACUGUCGGUUUCGCUGUUCCGAGACAAGGUGGUGCGGCACGCCGACGUGCAGGACCGCCUCCGUGAAACCUUGCUCGGCCUGGUGAAAGCAGAGCGCGAAGGGAAACGAGUCGACAGAAUUUUGAUGAAGGAGGCAUGCGAGAUACUCACAAGUUUGGGACUCGAUUCAAGGUCGGUCUACGAAGAUUUCGAGAGGCCAUUCCUUGCUGAGUCGGCGAAAUUCUACGCUUUCCAGGGUCAAACUUACGUCGAGAAGAUGGACGCCCUCGAAUACAUCACCAAAGUGGAGCAGCACAUCCACGAAGAGUCGGAACGGGCGAGACAGUGCCUGGACGAGUCGACCGCGGUUCCCAUCGUGCAUGUCGUGAUGGAGCAGCUCGUUGGGAAGCAUAAGAAGGCCAUCGUGGAGAUGGAGGGCUCCGGCGUUGUCCAUAUGCUCGAGAACCGGAUGACGCAGGAGUUGAGGCGGACGUUUCGGCUCCUAAAACGCGUGCAGGGUGGCCUCAAGACAUUGCUGGACUGCAUGAGCAAGUACUUGCGUGACCUAGGAAGAUCCAUAGUGAGUGAUCACGGCGACUCGGUCAGCCUGGUUCCGAAGGUGAUGGAGCUGAAAGACCGGUUUGACUACUUUCUGCAACACUCCUUCGACAGCGAGCCGCUGGUCAAGGAGACGAUGGCAACCGACUUUGAGUACAUACUCAGCCUGACCCGCAAGUCGCCCGAGCACCUCUCAACUUUUGUGGAUGAUGUGUUGCGGAAUAGGAUUAAGUGCAUGACAAAGCGGAAGAUUGACCUGUUGCUGGACAAGGUUGUGGCCAUACUUCGGUUCUUGCAGGAGAAGGACCUUUUUGAGCUCCACUACAGGCAGCGCCUGGCCAACCGGUUGUUGCUAGACGACGGCGUUACCGCCGACGCAGAGAGAAGUAUGGUCAACAAGCUCGGAAGCAUUUGCGGUUGCCAAUUCACCUACAAGAUGGAAGCCAUGUUCAAGGACCUGCUCAUCUCCGGUACCCUGAUGAAGCAGUUCAAGGUGGUAUUGUCUUCUUGCGAUAUGGAUUUGGAUGGAGUCGACCUGAACGUGCGCGUGCUCAAGACGGGCUUUCUGGGCCCUGCCUGCCGCCACGCAGCGAAUCAACAUUCCAGCCACCCCACGCAGCGCGUUCGAGAUGUUCCGACUGUUCUACCUAGCCAAGCAUGA